CGACGGCCCAAUCAACAUUUUCAAGAGUUAUCAGGACCUCAUUGAUAUAACAUUUCAUUGUGAGACUGUUUAGACAAAUGCUGAAGAAAUGUUUGAUUCAUUUAUUUUCAUCUGUUUGUUCUCAUUGAGUCUGCUUGGUGUGUCUGGUGUUGAUGUAGUGAAGUCAGAGUCAGAGUCAGUGAUGGAGGGAGAUUCUGUCACUCUCAGGACCGAUGUUACUGAAAUACUGAAACAUGAAGAGAUCGAUUGGAGGUUUGGAAAAAUUCUCAUAGCUAACAUCAACAUGAAGGAGAAUAAGAGCACGCUUUAUAAUACCAGUGUUACUGAGAGAUUCAGAGGCAGACUGAAGCUGGAUCAGACUGGAUCUCUGAUCAUCAUGAACACCAGAACCACAGACUCUGGAGAAUAUAAAGUCACCAGCAUCAGCCGAGACACACCGCUCAUCACAUUCAAUCUUACUGUCUAUGCUCGUCUGCCUGUUCCUGUCAUCAGCAGUAACACUUCUCAAAAUUCAUCAUCAUCAGGAUCAUUGUCCGGUUGUGUGUUUGUGUGUUCAGUGGUGAAUGUGAGUGCUGUGACUCUCUCCUGGUACAAAGGAAACAGUUUAUUGUCCAGCAUCAGUGUGUCUGAUCUCAGCAGAAGUCUUUCUUUACAUCUGGAGUGUCUAGAUGAUUUCUACAGCUGUGUGGUGAACAAUCCCAUCAGAAACCAGACCACACAUCUCAACACUCAACUCUGUCAGACAUGUUCAGCUGCUGUUGGGAUCUUCUGCAUCUGGAGGAAACACAGAAAAACAGACCAAGAAGGCAAUUCGUGUAUUUAG